UCAUCCUUCAAGCAUCGACAUAUCGUCAUAAAAUUCCAACGGCUCCCCCCUCGAUCGAUUUCUCCACCGGCGCGCCUCCCCACGUUUCUUACUUGAGCCGCGCAUUCCUCAUAUUGACUGUCCGCCAUGGAACGGCCAGAUCGACUCGCCGGCUCGUCCGUCGGUUCUGCAUCGCAGGCUUCAGUCCCAAGAAGCUUACCCGAAAACCAUAUAUCUGGACGACGUCCAGUCCCAAACUCAGCGGCCACGUCUAACGGACCGCCACCUCCUCCUCCUAUUCCUUCCUUGCGAAGCGUUCCCUCCAGUUCCUCUCUUUCUGCCGCGGGCAUGUCGGCAGCUCAGGUUAUUAGUCUCGCGCGUGAGGCAAUGCAAAAUGCCAUCGAAAGCGAGAGCCAAGCUGCUGAAGCAGGCGCCGUCAGCACAGGGCUCAGAACCGGAGUCACAAUUGACCUCAGUCGCAAAGGGAUCCAAAAAUUACCAGAUGAAGUUGUGGAUAUUGUCAAGGGUGAUCUGGAGCGGUCCGUUUCCAUGGGACCAUCUUCAGCAACGCGGUCGGAUACUGAUACCUAUACGGUCUCCAGACUAGCACUGUCUCAUAACCAACUGACAACAUUACCCGCUCGCUUUUCUGAAUGCACAUCAUUGCGAUAUCUCAACAUCCGGGGCAAUCAGAUCAAGGAGUUUCCUAUGCCUUUGUGCGAUUUGAAAUCAUUGGAGAUCCUUGACCUUGGCCGAAAUCAACUUCGAAGUCUUCCUACAGAUAUUGUGCGACUCUCGUCAUUGAAAGUUUUGUCUAUUCCAAAGAACCAAAUACGGGAGUUGCCACUAUGUAUUGCCGAUAUGGGGUCCUUGCAAGUGAUCAAGUUUGAGGGCAAUCCCAUUAACUUUCCGCCACGAGACGCAAUACAAGUGCAAGCCGCAAGCCCCCCACAUGAGGGCAUUCAGAAAGACAACGAAGUUACGGAGGUGGCGGUAACGCUACAAAUCAAAAGGUUUCUUAAGCAGCAUGCUGUCAACGGCCGAUCCGAAUCUGAUAACACAGGUGACGAAUCUAGCGAGGGCGCGGAAACCCCUCGCUUCCCAUUGAAAAGGGUUGCAAGUGGGAGAUUCCCUGUCAAAGUAAGUGGUGCGGAUUUGCCUGAUAUUCGUUCUCCCAAUAUUGGAUCACGGGCGCCUCCGAUACCAUCGAGAUCACACUAUCGUGGACUUUCCCAACAAAACAGCGCUUUUCGACGACCCGGUGUCAUGCCAUUGACGAUUGGCAAUGUCAAUGAACGUGUUCGUAGCAACUCAGAAAGCCUACUGAGGGCGGAGCGAUCAGAGAGUCGCAACAGGCGCAUGGGAAUUGUCUCGAGAAAACCCUCUGACCUUGGUACACUUGAUGAGAUGCAAGUGAAUAAUCGAUUUAGUCAUUAUCGUGGCCUGAGUCAUGGAUCUGCCAUGCAAGGUAACCAAGCAACGACGAAGAGCCCUGCGACCCCAACGGAACCAUACUUGGCACGUCCGAUCUACGUGAGACGUCUUUCUGUCCUCCCUGAGCGGAGGCGAGAAUCAAAAGUUUAUGAUCCAGUCAUUGAAGCUGCUAAGGGCAUCCUCUACUCGGUCUUUCAGAUCCAUCCUAUGAUCCAGAUGCUCAUGAGCUUGACGAGUGAUGGGUCUGCUAAGCGAUCUAGCCUUGAGAUCGUGUUCUACAACACCAACUCCCAUGUUGAGGAAUUGGAGCAGGAAAUCCAGAAACACGAGAACGCCUUGGUCGACCUCGACGACCGUUCCCAAAGAGAGAACGAAAACGUCCAUCGAGCCUGUCAAACUCUGGUUAGCGCAUAUGGCCACGUUUGUACACUUUUAGCCGAUAACAUCGAUACUUUCGUGAACAACGGAGAUGCUCGAUAUAUUCGAACGCUUCUGAUGUUGCUCUAUAAUAGUAUCAUGGAACUACGUGUGACACUGUCGUCCGUUAGCGCAGAGGAUGGGCGUCGGCAAGCAGCCUCCAAGGGGGACCAGAUGGGUGAGCGUACUCUCAGGGCGCAUGCACGUGAACCUUCCAUUACCCCCACUGUUGGUAGGUCAACAGGAGCUCGCAACCGCAACGGCACUCUGGUACACCAUCCGAUCAAUUUGCGUGUUGCUACAGAUGUACCCGUGCCUACACCCCUUUCUGCGGCUUACCUCAAUGGCAAUGGUCGAACCGCCACCAUUGCAUCGGCCACUCCUCGAUCAGGAGAAUCUUUCUCCUCGAUAGGUAGCCGCGGGAUUUCUUCCGAGUUCACAGAAGAAGAUAGGCAGUUUGAGAAGAUAUUCCUAUCCUUGCAAAGGUCGACUGAUCUCGUUAUGGGGACACUUCCCAGUUUCCAAGCCCAGCUAACAGGUGGUUUGAGGAACGCCAUGUAUCAGAGGACCCCAGAAAGUGUAAUUCAGCACUGGAAAGCCUUGAUAACCAUGUGUGGACAUGUCAUUCAACAGACGGAGAUUCUCAAGAACAGACUGUCACUUAUCAAGCUCAAGGAGCCUGGAGUUCGAACACAAGCGAGCUUCUGGAGUCUCUGUAACAACUUCAGUCACUCUUGGGCGGACAUGAUCUAUCAGAUCAAGUACGGCCCCAACAGUGUUCCACUGCCUCCUGAUACCAGGGCACGAUUACGACCGAUUCAGCAGAGUAUUAAGGAAACAAGCAACAUCAUCUCCAAGUCCCCUUGGCACUAUCUUUUCAACCAUCCCUCAGGCACGCCGAACGGGCAGAUACACUACCCCCCUCGCGGUAUGUCACCGACUCAAGUCCCGAUCACGCCACAGAGUGCUGCUUUGGGCCCCGCCAUGCAGGCGACAGUUCCCACCACGCCGCAAAGUGGUUCAUUCGCAGCGGCAUUCCACGGGAAUGUCUUUGACCGAGCCGAUGCUCUUAUGGCCAACCCUGGUAUCUCUAUGGGGCGCAAUGGAGGGUUUGGAAAGGGUCAUAUGGGAUUCAGUUCACUGUCUUCACUAUCUUCCAUGUCCUCAGACGAGGGAAUCCUUCCUUCUCAUGGGCCACUUGGACCAGUACCACUCCGCCUGAACGGAGGCAAAGUUGCCUUUUAGAUCACAGUGCCGAGUCCUUCCUUGGAUCUCGAACUCAAUACUUGCUGUUCGGUGCAGUCGUUGCUGUUGUUUGCAUAAGGCAAGGGGGUCAUUUGGUUAUCUUUAGAACUUAUUGAGGCUUUUUGAACCGGCGUAUUGAGGGAAAAAGUUCGCCGGAAGCCAUUCCUUUACCGCAUAGCCUUGGCGUUUGG